UUUAUAAAUGCUGAUGGGUUUCUCACUCUCCAGUAAGCCAUCACAUCCAACGUUAUACAUUUUAAUAAGUCAUUAAUAAAGGGUUUGAAUACAUCUAGUUUGUAGUUUUAAGUGUUGGUAAAUUGUCUUUAAAUGGACUUUAGUCUGCUGCUCAAUGUGCCUUUAAGAAUGUGUUAUCGUCCUUGUUACUUUCACUUUCACUUUACUUAUCAGUGUUGUGCAGCUGUUUAUAACAUAGAAGAAGUACUAGUAUUACCUCGCACCUAUCGAGUCGUCAAGUGUGAAGAUCUUUAGAUGACUUUCAGAAACUCAGCGUGCACCAUUUAAGGGGUUUCUGUGUAAGUCUAAGUUGAGUUAAGGUACUUCCCCAGAAGCGUACUUUUGUGGUGCGUCAUCGUUCGUGCGUGGGCUAACAACAUCCUCUAAAUUCCUCUGUAGGUUGAUCUGUUGUCACAUUUCGACGGUGAGUUUACAGGCUGUUCAUAAAAUCAACUCUUGUACCAAAGUCCAAAGUCCAUGGCUCUUCCGGAUCAACGUCAGCUCCAGGCCAUUAAUCAAACAGCAGAAGCUCUCAGCAGCUGUGAACGCAGGAGGCUCUUCUACCUGUGUGACAGCCUGGACACGGACAACAGCGUGGCUUGUAUGAAGGAGAUGCUGAAAUCUAAAGUGAUGUGCCUCGAGAGGGGCAAUCUGUUUCUGACUGAGCUGAUUCUGCAGUUGAGACGUUUUGAUAUCCUGAGAAAGGUGUAUAAAACCAGCAGGGACGAGGUGGAGAGGGCUCUGAAACACAGGGAGGUUCUGCCAAGAUUCAGAGUAUUGAUGGCUAAUAUAAAUGAGGAUAUGGCCAAUGAUGAUCUGGACAGUGUGAAAUUCUUGUUGAGCAGCGAGUUGCCCCGUGAGAAGGUGGAAAAUGCAAAGAGUUUCUUGGAUGUGAUCAUUGAGCUUGAGAAGCUGGAUAUGGUUUCACCUGAACGAGUCGACCUCAUAGAGGAUUGCUUAAGAAACAUUGGUAGGAUCGACCUGGCCAAAAAAGUGAUGGCAUACAAGAUGUCUGUUGGAACAUCUGAAGGACAUUCAUCUCAACCGCAAAGGCACAGAGCUCCUUGUCCAUUCCCCACUCCAAGUGGUUCUCAUUCUCAACAGCAAACAAGACAAGCACAGUCCCUCCCCAUUGCUACAGAAAAGAUACAUGUACAAGUGCCUGCAUUCAGAGAGCAGAACUGUCAGAGUCAACUAGAUAGGUACAAAUGUAACACUAAACCCAGAGGAGUUUGUGUUAUCAUAGACUGCGUGGGUAAUGACGGAGACAUGUUGGAACAGACAUUUAAGGCUCUUCACUUCAACGUGGUCCUCCACAAAUUGCUGAGUGUGGACGAAACUCUUUCAGCUCUCAGAGGGAUACUCAUACAGAGAGAGAACUUCGAAGGCGACGCCUUUGUCUGUUGCAUCAUCAGCCGUGGUAAGGAAAGCCAUCUCCUGGGCACAGACUCGUACGGCACUGGUCUACGUCUGGACAACGUCAGACGUCUUUUCACGGCGGAUGCAUGCCCCAAGCUGGCUGGCAAGCCCAAACUCUUCUUCAUCCAGAGGUACAGCAUCCCCGAGUUCACGCCUCGUGUGACGAUGGAGCACCGGGAUGAGGAUCUGGAGACAGAUGGGUGUGACGGGCUGUCCAGAUAUGAUAUCAUCCCUACAGAUGCAGAUGUGUUCUGGAGUCACUGCUGGACGGAUGAAUGUCAGCUGGCGCAAGGACACCAUCGCUCCAUUUACGUGAAGGCUCUGACAGACGCCUUACACAAAGGUCAAAGAAGGAAAACACAUCUUAUUGAUGUUCAUACCGAGGUGAAUGGGGCCAUCUAUGAACACAACAGGAGGAAUCCAGGAGCAGACUACCACCUCGACCUGAAACAUACUUUAAGGAAAGAACUUUACUUAAUAUAGCGGAUUCAUCACCAUCACUUUUUUAUCAGCCACAUACAUUUUAUUAAUAAAGCCUACUCCUUGCCUUACAAGAACAUAUUAACUGUAUAUGCAAUGACACCUACUGGUUAUAAGCACUUAAAACACUUCUUU